GAGAAGAAGAGUUCAUUCAGGAAGCUCUGUUAAAAAAAUUCCAGUUCAAUAUAUAUCAAGCCCAUGAGAAGGAGAUGAGUAUCCCAGAUUACAUGCAGUGUGCUGAGGACCAUCAGACGGUCUUGGUGGUGGUUCAACCAGUGGGCAUCGUCCCUGAGGACCAGUUCUUCAGGAUCUACAAACGCAUUGCCUCUGUGGCACAGGUGUCCAUCCGGGAUUCCCAGAGGAACCUCUAUAUCCGUUACCGUCACCACUACCUCCCUGAGAACAACGAGUGGGGAGACUUCCAGACACACCGCAAGGUGGUGGGCCUCAUCUCCGUGACGACCUGUGGUUCGGCUAAAGAGUGGCCCCAAACGUCGGACCGUUUCCAUUGCCAGAAGGAUGUGUUCGGAACCACGCUGUACGACUCACGGCUCCUGGUGUUCGGGUUGCAGGGGGAGAUAGCAGAGCAGCAGAGGACGGAUGUGGCUUUCUACCCUAGCUAUGAGGACUGUCCCGAUGUGGAGAAGAGGGUGGAGGACUUUGUGGAGUCCAUCUUCAUUGUGCUUGAGUCCAAGAGGCUGGAUAGAGCCACAGACAAGUCUGGGGAUAAGAUACCACUGCUUUGUGUUCCCUUUGAGAAGAGAGACUUUGUGGGGCUGGACACUGAUAGCAGGCACUAUAAGAAGCGUUGCCAGGGCCGUAUGAGGAAGCACGUUGGGGACCUGUGUUUGCAGGCAGGCAUGUUGCAGGAUGCCCUGGUUCACUAUCACAUGGCAGUGGAGCUGCUCCGCUCUGUCAAUGAUUUCCUGUGGCUCGGGGCUGCGUUAGAGGGCUUGUGUUCAGCCUCUGUUAUCUUCCACUACCCUGGAGGAACAGCAGGGAAGGCUUCUGGACGCGAACCCAGCCUGGCACAUGGCCAGGGCCAAGCAGCCGACGCAGGCAAGAGACACCGGCCAGGGGCGCAGGAGGUACUCAUAGACCCAGGUGCACUCACAGCCAAUGGGAUCAGUGCAGACACCAGCAGUGAAAUCGGUCGGGCCAAGAACUGCCUGGGUCCUGAAGACAUCAUAGAGAAAUACAAGGAGGCCAUCUCCUACUAUGGCAAGUAUAAGAAUGCAGGUGUGAUAGAGCUGGAGGCGUGUGUGAAGGCAGUCAGGGUGCUAGCCAUUCAGAAGAGGGCUAUGGAGGCCUCAGAGUUCCUCCAGAAUGCUGUCUACAUCAACCUGGGACAGCUGUCUGAGGAAGAGAAGAUCCAGCGGUACAGCAUUCUCUCUGAGCUCUACCACCUGAUUGGUUUCCACCGUAAGUCAGCCUUCUUCAAGCGGGUAGCAGCCAUGCAGUGUGUGGCCCCCACCAUCCCAGAGCCUGGCUGGAGGGCCUGCUACAAGCUGCUGCUGGAGACCCUGCCUGGAUACAGCCUCUGCCUCGACCCCAAAGACUUCAGCAAAGGUUCCCACCGUGGCUGGGCAGCGGUACAGGUGCGUCUGCUCCAUGAGCUGGUGUACGCAUCACGUCGUAUGGGAAACCCCGGCCUGUCUGUCCGCCACCUCUCCUUUCUUCUCCAGACCAUGCUGGACUUGCUCUCAGACCAAGAGAAGAAGGAGGUGACUCAGAGUCUGGAGAACUACACGUCUAAAUGUCCUGGAGGAAUGGAGGUUCUCACCCUCCCUGAUGGACUCAAACUGCCCCCAGUACCGUUAAGCAAGCUACCCAUCGUCAGAUCAGUGAAACUGCUAGAUCUGCCUGUCAGCCUGCGUCCCCACAAGCAGAAAGGCCUUCUGGAAAACAACAUGUCCUCCAAGAGUCCCUUCAUCUACUCUCCCAUCAUCAUGCACACCAGAGGAGAGGAGCGCACCAAGAAGAUAGAGUUCCGGUGGGUCCAGGGAGAUGUGUGUGAGGUCCAGCUGAUGGUCUACAACCCCAUGCCCUUUGAACUCCGCGUGGAGCACAUGGGUUUGCUGACGUCGGGCGUGGAGUUUGAGGCCCUGCCUGCUGCCCUGUCUCUCCCUGCGGAGUCUGGGCUCUACCCCGUCACCCUGGUGGGGGUCCCACGCACCGCCGGCAACAUCAACGUCAACGGCUACCACACGUCAGUGUUUGGUGUGACCAGUGACUGUCUGCUGGACGGUCUACCCAGUGUGAGGACCAGUGGCUGUGUGGUGGAGGUCAUUCCAUCAUUACCCCGUCUCCAGCUCAGCACCUCUCUACCACGGUCAGCCCACCCCUUCCGGCCCUCUAAAGAGGAGUUGUCCAGCAGUGUGUCUGUCCAGCUCUUUAACGGAGAGACCCAGCAGCUGACCAUCACUCUGGAGAACAUCGGCUCUGAAGACCUGGAGACACUGGAGGUCACCUCCAAGACCUGCAAUACUAAAGAGAAGUUGUUUGGAGAGUUCCUGAGCUGGGACCUAGAGGAGGCUGUGUCUCAGCUGCCUCUGAAGCCAGGCCAGUCUGUCACCCUCACUGUUAACGUCAAAGUCAGACUGGACUUCUCUGGAGGAGAGAACCUGCUACAGGACCUCAACGACGAUGGGAUCAGUGUGACAGGCCCUCCCAUCUCCAGCCCCCUGAGACAAGUCCUCAAACCCCGGGCCGAGACCAAGCCCCUGGGCAGCGAGUCCAGCAAGACAGACUACAACCACGUCAAGACGUUGGAAGCUGUGAUGACCUUUAAGUACUCGGGGGGAGCAGGCAAGGUGGAGGGCUACUAUCGGGACCUGUCCUUGGGAGUGCAUGUUGACGUAGAACCCUCUGUGUUCUUCACCAGAGUCAGCACACUACCGGCCACCAGAACCCGUCAGUGCCACCUGCUGCUGGACGUGUUCAACUCAACAGAACAUGAGUUGAUGGUCAGCGCUAACAACAACCAGGACCUGGUGCUGCACCCCUCAGAGUGUCAGAGGAUGGCGAUCCAGGUGGCUAAGUUCGACUUUCACACGUUGCCCCAGCCGGACCAGGAGGCCGUGCGCUACACCAACCCCAAACUACUGGAGGAGGAGAGGCUUCACGCCCAGGCCUCCAUGAUCAGCAGCACCCUGGGCAUCACCUGGAACAUCCCUUCUGCGUGUCGCCAGGGAGAGGCCAGUGUGGAGGGAGUUCUCAACCAGUUGGUCCUCGAGCACCUGCAGCUGCCACCUCUACAGUGGGACGUGGUGGUGAACGGAAAACCGUGUGACUGUGACAUCAUCGCUGACUGUAAGGUGGGCGACGCUGUGCCAUUGGAGGUGAAACUGACCAAUCGUAGUAAGAAUGAGGUCGGACCGUUCGCCCUGACUGUGGUUCCCUUCCAGGACUACCAGAACGGAGUUCAGAACUAUGACCUGCACGACGCAGUCACCUUCAUAGGAUCUAACACCUUCAACAUAGACACGGUGAAGCCCACAGAGAACUCUGUGUGUAUGGGAGCCCUCCUGUUCCUCUACUCUGGAGACUUCUACCUCAACAUCAAGUUCCAGGAUGACAGUGCUGGCCAGGGCAAGGAACUGCCCCCAUCCUGGUUCGGCCUGCCCAGUGUGCACAUCAAAGCCCUGGAGGCGCCUAUUGAGGCUGGGGCAUAGAGCCUGGCACUCUUUACAUGAAUAUCAAAUGUAUUUUUCCAGAUUUCUUGCCUCAUUCUCCUCGGAAAAUAUAGGUUUGCCCACUUCCUGAACCUCACUGAAGGCAUGGAUGGAUGGGUAGAUGGAUGGAUGGGUAGAUGGAUGGAUGGGUAGAUGGAUGGAUGGGUAUAUGGAUGGAUGGGUAGAUGGAUGGAUGGGUAGAUGGAUGGAUGGGUAGAUAGAUGGAUGGGUAGAUGGAUGGAUGGGUAGAUAGAUGGAUGGGUAGAUGGAGCACUUGAGGAGAGUACAGUGGGAUGAGGACACAACGGACUAAAUAUUCUAGCGGUUCGCUGAUGUCACUCAAUAAUUUGCAGUAACUCGGUUUGAGGUAUUUUUGUGUACUCUAUGUUAAAGCAUGAAGGAUACAGUAGGUCUUACUGGAUUUGGAAAUCACCUUUUGAAUCAUUUUAUGAAUUUCAGCACCAUGAAAUCAGUCAUCGAAAUGUAUCAGCCAUGAUGAAGGUUUUGUGGAAAGAUCAUAAGGUCACCUCUUUUCUGCUUUUCACUCAACUUACCAGGGAUGUAGAGCAUCAUAACAUCCUGUUGGGCUCCAAAUGGCAAUGGUGGAAAAGUACCCACAUGUCAUACUGUAGUAAAAGUAAAGAUACCUUAAUAGAAAAUGACUCGAGUAUUAAAAGUAAAUGUGAUUCCUAAAAUAUACUUAAGUAUUGAUAGUAUAAAUCAUUUAACAAUCUCUAUAUUACAAACCAGACGGCACCAUUUUCUUUCCAGACGGCACCAUUUUCUUUCCAGACGGCACCAUUUUUCCGACAUCAUUUACAAACAAAGCAUUUGUGUUUAGUGAGUCUGCAGAUCAGAGGCAGUAGGGAUGACCAGGGAUGUUCUCUUUAUAAGUGCGUGAUUUUUGCCAUUUUUCUGUCCUGCUUAAGCAUUCAAAAUGUAACGAGUACUUUUAAGGUGUAAGAGAAAAUGUAUAGAGUAAAGUAAAAGUAAAAGUUGUCAAAUAUAAAUAGUUAAGUACAGAUAUCCCCAAAACUACUUAAGUAGUACUUUAAACUUUUUUUUUACUUAAGUACUUUACACCACUGCCAAAUGGAAGUUCUUUGUUAUUAUGUGUCCAAUCCUUCCCUCUCAACAAUCUGAGCAGCAGAGUAGAGAUACUCUCAUGUGAACAUGAUUAUCAAGCAGCAUCUUCCUGGGUAUAUGAUUCUGUCUGUAAAUGAUAUAAUAUAUUAUGAGAAGCACAGUGUAUGACUCUACCACAUGAAUCCACAAUCACCUCUAUCGAUUUGUGGUUUCUGCUUUAGCAAUUAGCUUUAUUCGCUGUUGUCUUUCUACUCUCUGCGUGACUGUAAACAUGGAUUUUUACCUCUGAGCUUGUAUAUUUGGGCCUCUGUAUCUCCCUGUCUAUAAAAUCCUACAAUACAUGUAAAUAAAUGUUGAGUUGAGCCAA